AUGGAUGAGUCGGCGGCAGAACGAGCUUGGGAGCAAAAGCAAAAUACGAACCACCAACAAUCCCCAUUCCGAUCGUCUUCUCAAUGCAAGCUGGGACAGGCGCUGCAAGUCCAACCUGCGGCGGGUUCUGUUGUUCUCGAAGCUCGCACGAGGGAGUUCAAGGUUUUGCAAAGCACCCCGAGGCCGGAGGCUAAACAGGCCUUAGCCGGUGCGAGGAGAUUCGAACUAGUGCAGAGUGCCCCCUGCACGGUGGGAUUGGGCAUCGGCGGAUGA